CAGAGGGACCAGGAGCUGGCUCCAGGCCCUGCAGUCCCAGACAUGCUGCCACUGCUGCUGCUGCUGCCCCUGCUGUGGGGGGGGUCCCUGCAGAAGGAGUAUCUGUGGUUCAAGCUACAAGUGCCAGAGUUGGUGACGGUGCAGGAGGGCCUGUGUGUCCUUGUACCCUGCAAAUUCUCCUACCCCCAGGAUAUGUCACCUUCCACUGACCCACUCUACAUCUACUGGUACUACGCUUCAGACAACAUAUAUCGAAGAAGUCCUGUGGCCACAAACCACCAAGACCAAGUAGUGAAGACAGAGACCCAGGGCCGAUUCCACCUCCUUGGGGACCCCAAGACCAACAACUGCUCCCUGAGCAUCAGAGAUGCCAGGAAGAGUGACACAAGGACCUACAUGUUCCGAGUGGAGAGAGGACAAAAUAUACAACAUACCUACAAAGAGAAGCUGAAUUUGCAGGUGACAGACCUGACAGAGAAACCCAACAUCCACAUUCUGGAACCUCUGGAGUCUGGCCACCCUAUAAACCUGACCUGCAGCCUGCCAGGAUCCUGUGAGGGGGGGAGACUGCUCACCUUCUCCUGGACAGGGGAGCUUAACAUGCUGGGCCCUAGCACUCUCCAGUCCUCGGUGCUCACCCUCAUCCCAAGGCCCCAGGACCAUGGCACCUACCUCACCUGUCAGGUGAACUACCAAGAGUCUCAGGUGACCACGAAGAUUACCAUCCCGCUUAAUGUCACCUAUGCACCAGAGAACCUCGCCAUCAACAUCUUCUUCCAAAAUGGCACAGUCCUCAAGGUCAUGGAAAAUACCAUAUCCCUUACCAUUCUGGAGGGCCAGUCCCUGCGUCUGGUCUGUCUUGCUGACAGCAACCCCCCUGCAGAGCUGAGCUGGUUCCAAGGAUCCCAAGCCCCGAGCCCCUCCUCCGUCUUCACAACGGGGGAGCUGGAGCUGCCUCAAGUGAGAAUUGGAAAUGAAGGACAGUUCACCUGCCGAGCUCAGAACCCGCUGGGCUCCCAGCGCAUCUCUCUGCGUCUCUCUGUGCUCUACACCCUCCAGCUGCUCCGCCCCUCCUGCUCCUGGGAGGCCGAGGGUCUGCACUGCAGCUGCUCAGCCCGAUCCCAGCAGGCCCCCUCCCUGCGCUGGCGGGUUGGGGAUGGGCUGGUGGAGGGGAACAGCAGCAACGCCUCCGUCACGGUCACCUCCAGCUCCGCCGGGCCCUGGGCCAACAGCUCCCUGAGCCUCCGCGGGGGGCUCAUCCCUGGCCUUGGGAUCCACUGCGAGGCCCAGAACGACCAUGGGAACCAGAGUGUCACCGUCCUGCUGCUGCCAGAAGGCCGCCUUUCCUGCCCCUGUUUCACUAAGGUGAAAGAGGGCUUCGGGCCCCUGAUCCUCAUCCUGAUCAGGGGGGCUCUCAUGGGCGCUGGCUUCCUCCUCACCUAUGGCCUCACCUGGAUCUACUAUACUCGGUGCGGAGGCCCCCAGAGGAGCAGGUCUGAAUGAGCCUCCUUCUUUCUCAAGACAGGACUGAGGUGUGGUCAUGGAGCCCAGAGUAACAGGCAUGGGGACGUCACUGUCACUGUCUCCCUGGAAACUCUUGGUCCACACCCCCACCCACUGUCCCUUUGCUUUGUGCCAAUCCCACUUCCCAUGUACUGUCCUCAUCUGUCCCUGUCCCCCCACUCCACUCUCUCCCUAUCUACUAGACCCACCUGUCCCUGUUCCCUCCUGACCCCAGCCCCCAGUUCUGUGGUUGAAGGAAUAACGGGAACUUGCCCUCCCACCACCCCAAUAUUGCCUUUGUUAGGACUGGGCUUCCGUUCAUCCAAACAUUCCUUCCUGUCAAGUUUAUGUGUAGAAGACCACUGUCUCAUUAUAAUUGUUUUGAAAUGUUACAAAAUAUAAUUAUAGUGAAAAGUUUUAUUAAAUACAAUAUAAAAGACAAUCAAUAAAAGUUA